AUGGAGCUCGUCGGCAUCUCCGACCGCGACGGCCCGUGCCGGAUCGCGACGAACGCGGCGAUCAAGCGCGACCGGCGCCACCACUACGACCGCUACUCGAAGCGCAAGGCGUGGGCGCGGUGGCGCCGGAGGAACUGGUGCUUCAUGCUCCUCGUCGCGGUCGCGCUCGUCGGCGCGGCGCUCUCGAUCGCGCUGCUCUUCGAGCCCUGCGACACGGAGACGAAGCAUUCGACGACGACGUCGACGCGCUACGAGUACGCGCCCGUGCGCCACACGGUCAUGAUCGACAACUCGGGCUCCAUCGACUGGUACGACAACCUGUGGGGCGACGAGCUCGCGGCCGCGGGCACGCUCGUCGACGCGCUCGCGCGGAACCUGAGCCGCUACGAGGUCGGCGCGGGGCAGUGGGCGACGUACUACGCGCACACCGUGGAUUCGUCGUCGGACGCGGCCGCCGUCGCCGCGGCCGUCGAGGCCCUCGAGUACGCGACGGACCUCGGCGGCGGCACCUACUACUCCAUGGCCCUCUUAGUGUGCCACGACGCGGUCUUCAACGCGACGCGCAACGCGUCCGGCGUCUUCGAGCUCUGCACGAUCCUGUCGGACGGCGUCUUCUCCGACGCCUACGACUACGAGCCGCUCCACGGGCGGCCGCGCGAGUACUGCGGCGAGCGGGGCCUCGGCAACUGCACGGCCGCCGCCAUCGCGGGGGACCUCAAGGCGCGGGGGCUCCGCAUCCAGAACAUCCUCGUCGCGGAGGACACGGACGGCGCGUUCGUCGACGAGCUCUACGCGCUGAGCUCCUGCUACGCCGAGGACGCGGCGUGCCCCUACGCGGUCGUCGAGGACUCCUUCGAGGCGCUCCGGGCGUCGGCGAGCUCCCUCAUGGCCUCGCUGCGGGGCGAGAUCGACCUCGUCUCCGUGUCGUCGACGUCCGAGACGUCCGAGGACGUCUGCGCGGGCUCGGGCAUCUCGUUCCUGAACCUGUUCCUCGUGCUGCCCCUCCUGCUCUACCUCUUCUGGAAGCCGUGCUGCGAGGUCUGCUGCGCGCCGCCGCCGCGCGCGUCGAGGCCGCCGCCGGCCGCGCCGCCGCCGCCGCCGCCGCUCGCGGCGGCGAUCGAGGACCCGCCGCGCGCGCCGCCGCCGCUGCCGCCGCGGAAGAAGACGUGGACGCGGAAGAAGACGUGGACGCUUGCUCCGGCGACCUACAUCUUCGCGGGUUCCGUCGUCGAGGUCGAGGACUCGAUCGUCUGGCGGAACCCGUUCCAGAAGCUCUAUUCCGGCAACGACUGGCAGGAACGCGUCGCGGCCGCGAUCCUCGGCCCCCUCCCCGACGACGCGAGCGACGACGCGGAGACCAUGCUACGAUGA